UCCGUUUUUGUCUCAAUGCUCUCAUUGCCAUUUGCCUCCACCCAAAAUAAGGAUCUCUUCCUCUGUCUCUUUCCCAAUUCCUUUCUUUCUCAUUUCUCCAUAGGCUUUCUCUAUCAAUCGCGACAACAUGGCGAACGCGGCAUCUGGAAUGGCUGUUACUGAUCAGUGUAAAUUAAAGUUCCAAGAGCUGAAGGCAAAGAGGAACUACCGUUUCAUUGUGUUUAAGAUUGAGAACUUUGAAGUGGUAGUGGAGAAGCUUGGAAGCCCAGAAGAAACCUAUGAGGACUUCAAUGCCGCUCUACCUGCCAAUGAGUGCCGUUAUGCUGUCUUUGAUUUUGAUUUCACCACUGAUGAAAACUGCCAAAAAAGCAAGAUUUUUUUCAUUGCAUGGGCUCCGGAUACAUCAAAGGUGAGAGAAAAGAUGGUGUAUGCCAGCUCCAAGGACAGAUUCAAGAGGGAACUUGAUGGCAUUCAAGUUGAGUUGCAAGCAACGGAUUCUAGUGAGAUGAGCUUUGAUAUCAUAAAAGCAAGGGCAAUAUAAUAAUGUCAUCCAAUUAUUCAGAUUUCACCCUUUUACCCUACAGCUAGCUUUGGCGGCACUGCUGAUUUUCUUUAUUUAUACUUUUGUUUUUUUAUUUUAUUUUAUUUGACUUUUGCUGUUGUUUUUGUUUUCUUUGUCAACUGGCCUAUAAACCAGUAGUUUAAUAUGACACCAAGAAAAAGUCACUGCCAUCGUGCAUUGAAUUUCA